AUGGUCUCCCUCCUCUGCAAUCCCCUCGCCACCGCCGAGCAGCUCGCCUCCUCCCCCAGCCUCUCCGACGGCGUCCCCGCCGACCUCGAAACCACCCUCCGCUGGGCCGGCUGCACACUCAUCCAAUCCGCCGGAAUCCUCCUACAACUGCCGCAAAAGACAAUCGCAACAGCCUCAAUCCUCUUCCAGCGCUUCUACCUCCUCUCCAGCCUUCGCGCCUACCCCCUCCUCCCCACCGUCCAUGGCGCCCUCUACCUCUCCACAAAGCUCACCGAGCACCCCACCAAGCCCCGCGACAUCAUCAACGUCACCACCUAUCUCCUCUCGUGCCCCUCCCCCUCCCCCAUCUCCCCCCCGCCAUCCAAAGCCGCCGUGGCAGCGGUAACCCCCGAGCAGUACUACGUCUCCGAGUCCACCUACUACACCGCGCGCACCGCGCUCCUCGCCGCCGAGACCCAGAUCCUAAGAGCAACGGGCUUCCAGACGGCCGUGAGCCUGCCGUAUACGCUGGCGAUUAAUUAUCUGCAGGCGCUGGACGCGCUGGACGGCGCCGUGGUGAGGAGGGCGUUUGGGUAUUUGACGGAUGCGCUGGUGAGCCCCGGUUUGCUGUAUCUGACGCAUCAGCCGAACUCGCUGGCGGUUGCGGCGGUGUAUUUGGCGGCGAGGGAGGAGGGGGUGAAGUUGCCGGGGGGUUGGUGGGAAGUGUUUGAUGUUGAGAGGGAGGAGUUGGGGUUUUUGGUGGUGGGGAUGAAGGGCGUGACGGAGUUUGUGGAGAAGCAGGUGAAGGUGUGGAGGAGGGAGGGGGGGCUGUGGGGGGUUGAUGAGUUGGAAAUGGCAUUGGAGAGGAGAAGAGUCUUGGAAGAGGCUAUGGAAGAGUAG